UCUUGCAAGAACUCGGUGUGUUGCCAAAACAAUUAAUACAUUCUUGCGAGUAUUAUAUAAGGGAAUUGUGACAAUAUUCUUUAGGACAAUACAGUUUUCUAUCAUUGUAUAAGCUUGUUGUUGAUCGUUCUUUCGUUUUCUUCUUUCUGAGAAAAAUCCAAUGGCGUUUAUUGAGGGAAACAACCUUGCAACCAUACCGAACAACCGCAAAAGAAAGUUUGAAAACAAGAAAGUGGAAGAUGAGGAGCACAAAUCUCAACUUUCCUUCACAAAACGUAAAUUAGGGCUUUUCAAUAAAGUCACUGAACUUUCCGUCCUAUGCCAUGCCAAAACUGCAUUGAUCAUCACUUCAAAAGAUAAAAAACUCUAUGCAUGUGGCUACCCUAACGUCGACACCGUCCUUCGACACUUUCUCGAAGGACAACAAAAUCCCAUCGACGGCGAGAAACAGAUGAUGCAAAAAGAGGAAGAGACUGUUGAAAACCUAAGGGUUGAAUAUGAGGUACUUCAAGAUCAACUUAAAGAAGAGAAGAAGAAUUUGCAAGUUGUGACUGAGGCACAAAAGAACAGUGCAUGUAUCCCUUCUUGGUGGGAUGAUUCUAUUGAUGAUAUGAGUUUGGAAUCUCUUCAGCUAUUUAAGACUUCUUUAGAAAAUCUGAAGCUCAAUUUAAUUCUUUCUUUGGACGAAAAAAGGAUCCGUUCAUCUUUUUCCACCACCACCACCAAUAAUCAAAUUAUUGGAUUAUAAAAAAAAAUCAAGAGUCAAAUUGCUCAAUCUUG